AGUGUGUUCGUUACGCAGCAGCAUCGCCAUGGCCAGCAGCAUGUUCAUCAGAACUUCCAAGGUGAUCAGUUCAGUCACUCAGUGAUGGGGGAGAGGGAAGAUGGCAACGCCGCCUGACCAAGUUAGGUUAGAACAGAGGUUAAGAGUGAAAAUAGGUGAAGCAAAAAAUCUGGGUGUUCGAAAUCAUGGUAAUGCAAGUCCCAGGGAUGUAUACUGUACAGUAUCACUUGACCAAGAGGAGAUAUUUCGGUCAGCUCCUAUUGAAAAGACAGCUGGUCAGUGUGCCUUCUUCGGUGAAGAAUUCCAGUUUGACAUUCCAAGGCAGUUUCGUUUCCUGUCUUUUUAUUUAUUUGAUCGUGAUCGACCGAUGAAAACAGAUAAGAUAAUGGGAAAAGUUUCCUUGAAAAAGGAAGAUCUUCAUAAAAAUCAAGGCAAAGAUCAGUGGCUUCCUAUUACACCUGUAGAUGCUGACUCUGAAGUUCAGGGUAAGGUUCAUAUUGAAGUUCGGCCAUUAGUAGUUGGACAGAUGAAUGAUGGAUAUCCACAUCAUAUGGUUGAGAUUAAAAUACUGGAGUGCAGUGACUUGGCCAUUAUCAGUGGAUCAUGUGAUCCCUUUGCCACAGUUACAAUGUUAUAUAGCAAUGGAAAGCAAGAAGCCAAACGAACAAAAGUUAAAAAAAAAACAACUUCGCCACAUUUUGAUGAAGUAUUUAUAUUUGAGCAAAUGUGUCAAAGAAGUGGAAGCCAAGACCGUGAUAAUACAUACAACUUAGUUAGUGAUGAUGCCAUUUUUCAAGAACUUCGACUAGCAUUGUGGCAUGAUUCCCCAGGAGUCUUUGGUAACAUAUUUUUGGGUGAAGUCAAGAUCCCUAUGAAGUCCGUUUCUCCUUUGCAGGACCAUAGUAUGUGGUAUUUUCUUCAGCCAAGAGAUUCAGCUGUAAGAAAUUCAAAGGGUGACCUUGGGGCACUAAGAUUGAAUAUACAUUACACUUCAGACCAUGUUUUUUCUAGUCAGUCUUAUGACAGCCUUCGUAAUCUUAUUCUCCAGAGUACUGGGGAAGAGCCGAUAACCUCUUCUGCAGCAAGGCUGCUAGGGGAAAUUGUAACUCAGAAGCAAGAUGUCGUUCAGCCUCUCACCCGAGUCCUCCUCCAUCAUGGUCAUGUAGUCCAGUUUAUAUCUGCUCUUGCACGACAUGAAAUGUCAAAAAUUACAGAUACUAAUACCAUUUUCCGUGGGAAUACGCUUGUAUCAAAGUGUAUUGAUGAAUUAAUGAAGCUGGUGGGUCACCAUUACCUUCGAACUACACUGAAGACAACGUUAGACAUGAUUUUCCGUGAAAAAAAAGCUUGUGAGAUUGAUCCAACAAAAUUGCAGCAAGGGGACAGUAGGGAAGCAAAUUUGUCAAAUUUAAAGGAAUAUGUUCUUGUUGUGCUCAAUGCCAUAAUCAACUCAGCUUUGAGUUGUCCACCUGUAAUGUGCCAAAUAUUUUCUGAGUUACGUGAGCUGGCAAACACUUAUUUUCCAAAUGAAAGAGAGGUGAGGUAUUCUGUCAUCUCUGGGUUUGUCGUCUUGAGGUUUUUUGCUCCUGCCAUUCUGUACCCAAAGUUAUUUGACCUUACAACAGAACAAAUUGAUCCAGCAACACACCGGACGUUGACUUUGCUCAGUAAAACAGUACAGAGUGUUGGAAAUUUGGUCAGUUCACGUACAUCUCACCAGAACUUCAGAGAAUUGUACAUGAGGGAAGUGUUUGCACUCUGCGUCACCGACAAACAUGUAGAUGCCAUGCGAAUGUUCCUUGAGAUCAUAUCAUCCAUGCCAAAUGGGAGUCAAAAAGCAUAUGAUGCACCAGUGAUACUAAAAGAGGGUAUUAUGAUCAAAAGAGCACAGGGAAGGAAGAAAUUUGGUAUAAAAAAUUUCAAGACCCGUUUCUUUCGACUCACUACUCAAAGUCUUUCAUAUUCUAAAACCAAAGUUGUAAAGCGACAAGUGAACAAGCACCAGGAUGCAGUGCUGUUUCAAAUUUGGAAUGUGACUUGAAGAUUCAUAUAGAUAGUGACAGGGAGAUGGAACGUUUAUGGGCACUUUUGAUGGAUAAUUUGGCCAGUUUAGAAAAACUGCGGGAUGCCUGUGAAAGUGCCUUAGUCAUUGAGGGGUCUCAAGAAGUAACUUUUGGAGGAGUUCCCUUAGACCCUGCAAUUGCCUACAAAUCAAUAAGUGCUAUAAUAGCAAGUGUAAGUCUUCUUCAGCAAGAACACAAGAACCAUGAGUUGAAGUUACUCCACACUAUGAAAUAUGGAUCUAAACACGCUCCAAUAGGUGAUGACAACUACCUGCUUUUAACAUCAAGCACUGGAGACUGUGGGCCAUAUACUUCAGGAAGUAGUAGUGAAAUAACAUUACGCAAAACUUCAAGCAUUCCAGAUAGCGAAAUGGGAGUUCCUGUUCAUGAAGCCUCAAACAGUCCCCGUUGAAAAUAGUGAAAUUCAGUUUCUUAUUAUUUCUUACAGAAGAAGAUUGACUGGUCACAUCCUAUCUAGCAUUAAAAGCUAGUUUGUGAUAUUUCACUCGUCGUGGUUGUUGAUCAUCUUGGUCAAACUUUCGUAUCAGUUGUGUUCAGUAGUAAAGUACUUAAAUAGCAUUGCUCAACGCAGACUAGUGUGAUGUUCUUGGUAAUGAAUUAUAUAUAUAUGAUGUUUUGUUUGUUUACACUGAAAUAUUGGAUUUCUUUGUUAUGAAUUGUUUUGAAAAAUGUGAGAUGAAAUGCCUUUAUAUGUUGAGCCAAUGUGAAACUGUUUUAUGCAAUCAUGAAAGAUUUAAAAUAAAAUGGUUAUGUAAUCUCUCUCUCUCUCUCUCUCUCUCUCUCUCUCUCUCUCUCUCUCUCUCUCUCUC